CAACAGUUGUAGACAUUUGUUGUUCUUGAUAUUGUUACUGAAGACAUUACGAUGAAGGCUAUACUGGGAUUUCUGAUUCUUCCCAUGCUGUACCACAACAGCACCACUCUCUCACCUGUAUGCGACAUUGCAGAUGCUUUGAAUGGUGCCAGUGCCAAAGGAGAUAUCAUCAUUGGUGGACUUUUUCAUCUCCAUACGCAGGUGGAAAGUAUAACCAAUAGCACAAUGCUAGAUUUAAAGUGCAUUAAAUUUGAUGUAUUUGCGUUUCUGCAGUCACAAGUAAUGAUACACACCAUUGAAAUGAUAAACAAGUCACCCUUGUUGCCGAAUGUUACACUGGGGUAUGAAAUAUAUGAUACAUGUGCUGAUCCUACAACGGCAAUCAAAACAGUGAUGAGGCUAAUGGAUGAUAAAUCGGAUUCUGCUGAGAACUGUAUUCCACUGAAAUGCAGUUACACAAAUUACAACUCCACUGUAAAAGCAGUAAUAGGAGAGAGCCAUUCGGAAAUAUCGAUUGUUAUAGCCCAUUUACUAAGUGUUCCUUUAAUACCACAGAUUAGUUAUGAAUCAACAAGUGAAAUUCUCAGCCAGAAGACCAGAUUCCCUUCAUUUCUACGUACCAUCCCCAGUGACACUUACCAGUCUAAAGCCAUGGCUGAGCUUGCUUUGCAUUUGAACUGGAUCAGUGUCGGGGCAAUUGGAAGCGAUGAUGAGUAUGGCAAAUACGGAGUUGAAAGUUUUAUUGAUCAUGCCCAGGAAUUAGGCUUAUGUGUUCCAUUUAAGGAGAUAGUUCCAGCAUACAUGUUCCGUGAGGAAAGUUCUAACCACCAAAAGAAGAUAGCUGAAGUCAUAAAGAAUUCAUCAGCUGAGGCCAUUGUGCUUUUCACAAAGCCUGAAAAUGUAGAGAGAAUAAUUCAAGAAGCCAUAAAACACAAUUUAACAAAGACAUGGAUUGCAAGUGAUGCUUGGGCCAUUUCAACUAAAAUUGCUCAGAUAAAGGGGAUUGAAACAGUAGGAAAGAUUAUAGGCAUCACUUGCAGAAGACAAACUGUUCCAGGGUUUAAAAACUAUAUACGCAACUUAUUAGCAAAUGACCCCCCUGACAGCAACUUUCUACGCCAAUAUAAGGAGCAUUAUCCACCAUGUUCUAAAAAAACUGAACCUAAUAUCCAAAACUCCCUUACUAAUACCAACAGCAAAACAGUGAAUGUUUCACAAUGUACAGAUGACAAUUUUCUGAUACAAGAGAUUGACACAGAUAUUUUUUUUGGUGUAUAUUUAGCCAUCAAUGCAGUAGCCCAAGCUUUGGCAAAACUGUUAAGAUGUGACAGUACAAAAUGUGACAGAGAUUUCAGUUUUCCUACCUGGGAGGCAAGUAAUAGUCCUUUGUUAUUCUUGUUAAUAACACUAUUCAAAUUAGAAAUACAUGUCCCAAUGUGUGAUACCUAACCCAGCUGAUAAUUCACCAGCAAGUGACCCCUUAUAGAAAUGCUUGUAUAACAAGUACUGUAGGUGUGCACACCACCAUACCCUCUAUGUCUAAUGUAUUUCAUGAUUCUUGAGUGAAGCUUAUCAGUAAAAACAGGCAGAUUUGUAAUUAAAGCUUUAUGGAACUGUACAUACAAGUCUUACAGAGAUGUAGAAACAGCUCCUCUAAAUUCCCUUCAUACCCACCUGAUUUUUAAGGAGAUGUGUUAUUUUACAUGCAAAUAAAAAAUGUUUUCAUAUAGCUGGAUUGAAAAUAAACAUAGUAAUCAGCCAUUUGAAAUUGCUGAAGACAACCUGCAAGUACGUUAAGAGGUACAUAAUGACCAAUGCGAAUGGGAUGAUUUUACUUCAGAAUGUUCACUUAAUGAGCUGAUGAAAAAAAAAGAGUAGAAUUUAGAACCAAAAAAAUGAAAUAACCAAAAAACUGAAAUUGUAUCUAGAAACAAACAAAAAAAAAAUAUUAGUGCAACCUCAUAAAGUACACGUUUGUUAGUUAAAUAACAUUAGUGAUAUUAAAUUACGGUUUUGGUUUGACUUGACGUUUUGCAUUUUUAAUUGUUAAGAAUGAUAUGUUUUAUUGUUACAGCUACUUAAGGAACUAAAAAAAAUAAACUUCUCAGUAAAUAAUACAGAAUUCAGUUUUGAUGAAAAUGGUGAUUCCAAGCUGGGAUAUGAUAUAAUAGGGUGGGAGAUAGAUGGUGCUGUCAACUUCACUACAAUUGGAGAAUACCAGCUUUCUGGACAAAUUACACUAUAUAAUGAAACAGCAUGGACAUCUGAAAACAUCUUGAUAACAGAUGCUAACUGCAGUAAGAAAUGCAACCCUGGAUAUGAAUGGAAAGAAACCAAUUUGAAAUGCUGCAAAGAAUGCAUCCCCUGUCCCGAAGGAUCCUUCUCAGCUGGUGGAAGUCAGGCUGAAUGCAAACGAUGUGACAAG